AUGCUGGCCGCCUUCGGCCUCGGAGCGGUGGUCAUGCGUGGAGCUGGCUGCACGAUCAAUGACAUGUGGGAUCGCAACUAUGACAGACAGGUUGUGAGGACAGCAAAUAGGCCCCUGGCAGCUGGAGAUAUCUCCAUUUUUCAGUCCUUCGUUUUUCUUGGAGGACAGCUUAGCUUGGGGCUUUGUAUGCUUCUAUGUCUGAAUCACUAUAGUAUCGUUCUGGGAGCGGCCUCUUUGCCUCUUGUGAUCACCUACCCUCUGAUGAAGAGAAUAACAUACUGGCCACAGUUAUUUUUGGGAAUGACAUUUAAUUGGGGAGCGCUUCUUGGCUGGUCUGCUAUCAAAGGGUCAUGCGAGUGGUCUGUGUGUUUGCCCUUGUACUUCGCUGGAAUAAUGUGGACACUGAUAUACGAUACCAUUUACGCACAUCAG